CGCGUCCAGGCGCACAUGGUCACGGUGCAGACGUUCGCGUCGCUCUUGGACAAGACGUGGCAGCAGUCCAAGGCCAUGACAUACGUCCGCGGGCCCGCCGAGAAGAAAUGGGAGCAGCUGGUGCUCGUGGCCGACCCGACGCUCCGCGUGCGUGGGAUGCACGCGAUGCUGGACCGCGAGCGCGCGCGGAUCGAAAGCGCGUUUGUCGAAGCCGGGCUCAUCGACGUCGUCGACGAAGUUCAGAAGCACGUGUCCCAGUAUACGCACAACAACAGUCUCGAGUUCCACACGAUUUUACACCGCCACACGCCGCUGUCACUGCACGCGCUGCUGGAGGGGACGUGGAACGUGCUCCGGGGCACAGUCACGAUCCAGAACCUCCCGCGCUACUGCAAGCACCUCGAAGACAUUGACGCCGACACCACAUAUGUCUCUGGCUGGCUCGAACAUCCGCUUGGACAGUUCCAGCGGCGCGUGCUCUGCAAGCAGUACGUGAGUGAGGUGGAUGGCCGCACCCAGUGCAUCAUCGUCUGCCGCAGCAUCGAAGACGACGAAUUGUCACCUUACGACGCGUCGUUGCCACACGCCAACGAGGUAUCGUGGACGUUCAUGGAGGCCAACCCGAGCGGUGGAACGACCGUCAAGUACUUUCAGAAGCUGCGGCCGUCGGCAUGGACGGCGUCGACACCCAUGAGCUCGCACUGGGCCGACCGGCUCGAGGAGCAUUCGCAAAAGGUGCGCCACGCCGUGCACCAGUACCUUGACCACUUUGGCGCGACUCGACCACCGCAACGGUGAACAACUCCUCUCAGUUCUUCUUGCGUCUGCACG